CUGGACCCAUAUACUCCAUCAAAUAUGUUUUUUCACUUUUUCUCUUUGUCUUGUUUCAUCCCACCAUUCCUAGGGGCGAGGGGGUGGGGUGUUUGUUGGCUCAAAUAUUCACAAACUAAUAAAGUUUUUACUUUUCCCAAUUGUAGCUUGUAUUUGGUACUUAUAUAUGACUUCUAUGUGUCACAGGACAUGCGGUCACCUCCAAAAGCAGUUAAAGUUUCAAUGCUGCUGUGGCGGGUUGUUGUUUUGCUAUAAAUCAGUAUUGUGGGCAUCACCUGCAGAUUCAUCAUUAUCAAUGAUGAAUACAUCAUCAAUGGUCAUUCUUAGUGCAAUAUUAGCUUCUGUAGUGUCAGAAAUAGGCUUGGGCUCUGGACCUGCCUUUUCGAUCCCAGGCUGCAACUCCCACUGCCCAUGGGCUAAAGGCGAUCACACUGUAAGGUCUUGGACCGUGGUUCCCAUCAGCUUGGACAACAAAAACUCCAGCUUUGUGUGCCGCCAACAUGAAGAUCUCAUACAACACCAAGAACUCUAUGUUCAACCAGAUAUUGAUAAAGACUUGCUUUAUUGGAUGCGGAUGGUGAUGCCAGGAAUAAUGAUGUCUACUUGUCUAGCGUGUACAAAUAAAAAUGUUGUAUGAUUAUAGUGUAGAUUUAUAGCAUAUUGUAAUACACUAUUGAUA